AUGUCAUCAACAGCGUCGCUAAGAGACGAACACAGUGAUAGCGUAUUAUACAUCCCACCACCAGGAUCCCAACCAAUACCUAAAAAGUCCCAACAAAUCAGAACAGAUAAACCACGGCCUCAUGUGUGUGGAGUAUGCACGCGAGCGUUUGCAAGGUUGGAGCAUUUGAAACGCCAUGAACGAGCACACACAAAUGAGAAACCAUACCAAUGUGCAGCUUGCGGAAGAUGCUUUGCCCGUAGAGACUUGGUUCUUCGACACCAACAAAAAUUACAUACAAACUUACCCAACAUAAUGAGGAGAGCAUCCUCAAAGGACUUGGAUAUCAACGAACACAUAAAUGUCUUGCGCAACAACACCGACCCAAACGCACCACUACCAAAUGGUGUCGUACCUUUGCUAGAUGAUGCCAGCAUGGAAUCACUAGAACAUAAUGAUUACAAGCCACCAGCAUUUAGAACAAAACUCUUUGACAAUGACGAUAGUGGUAAUAACAGUAGUAAUGGUCACAACCUAAAUGGCAACCUAAAUGGCAACCUAAAUGGCAACUUAAAUGGAAAUGGUCAUAGCUAUAAACAUACACUGAUUAAUUUCACUGGCAUUGGAACACCACCAACAAAUACAAGUAGCAGCAUACAAACUAGUGUAUCACCACAGCCGCUGAUAGGAAUGUCCCCUGCUGCUAUAGGAAAUUCGCCACGACCAAGCAUUACCUUACACAGCAGCUCACACAGAAACAGUGUAUCGUUCAAUCAGCCAAAAGCUACUCCAAUGUCAAGGCAAGGAUCUAUAAUGAAUGGCUCUACCUCACAAAGAACCUCGUCAAUGUCCAAAGAAAUUAAUGGUAACAACAACAACAACAGUAACAAACUGCAGCAAGAGAUAAGCCCACCACAACGUAAAAAGCCUUCAAAGGCAACAGAGAAAGUGCUUUCUCGUGCAUCAGCAACGGGAGUCGGAGUCGGAGUCGGAGCACACAAUUUCAGACAUGCCUCAUACUCUGCUGCUUCUGGUGCUUCAUACACUACGAAUCGAGAAGCUAGAGCUAUCCAAGAAUCCAAUUUCGACUUUUCGGAAUCAGUUCCAACACAAGUUGAAUUUGGUACACCACCUUUGGGACCACAAAGCGAAGAGUACCACCGUAUGAUGGGUAUGCCAGAAUUGAUGGAUUGGGCAAAUAUUGAUAACCUUGACUUGCAAGAUGGUUCGAAAUUCGAGUUGAGACAAAAGUCGUUGAAGAACUUGCACGAUUUCUUCACCGAUGGAAUCAAGUCGGCAAAACCUGUACAUUUACAAAGAGAUUUGAACAAGUCGCAAGGUAACAAUACCUCUUUGUUUAAUAUCGAGGAUCCAUUACACGAAGGGGAAGAAAUGGGUAUUCGCCAUCAAAUGAGCUCCCAACAAACACCACCAGUGGGUGUUUCUUCUUUAUCAUUGUCAUUGUCAUCGUCAUCAUCAUCUGCUCCUGCUGCUAAUGCUCCUGCUAAUAAUAAUAAUUCGGUUUCUGCUCCUGCUUCUGCUUCUGUACAGCCGCAUCCUUUGCAAAAUGUUUCCACUGGUCCAGUACAUGAACUGCCACAAUCAAACAUGGGUUCUGUGUCAUCUGCCAAUAGUAUCAAUCCACAACAAUUGAACCGUGCAAGUGAAAGCUCUAGCGUUUCCAAACGUCUGCGUUCGGUGAUGGAAAAUGGUUCACAGCCAUUAAUGCAGAUCAAUACCGCACAAAGUGAUACGGAUUGGAUCCAGGACUUGGUUCACCCGCAAUUCGAUUUGACAGGAAACUUUAGUGUCAAUACAAGCUUUGACGAUUUAAAGGGCUAUUUCAGUACCGCUGGAAAGCAACAUCCAGAAAUGAAUGCAAGUCUACCAAAGCGUCAAGCGCAAGAUUUCAUGCAACAGUUGUUGGCAGGAGCUGGAGAAGCCAAUCUCGAGAACAUUGACUAUUCAAUUGAGUUUCCUGCAAACUUUUACACGCAAGAAUCAACCUUGAUUACACACGAGUUACGUGAAAAGAUGGUUAGCUCGGCAGGAAUCAACGACAAUGAUUUUCCGUCCUUGGAUAAUCUCAAAUACUAUGUCCAGUUGUAUGAAUUUGGAAUCAACAAAUACUUUCUGUUUAUCCACUUCUCCACGUUGAAAAACUCUGGGCUGAAUGUUGAUAAUAUCCCUUUAGUCUUGGCCAUUGCAGCUAUAGGCUCCUUGUACGCCUAUAAUAACCAUGAUGCAGUUAUUCUAUUCAAUUUAUCCAAAUACUAUAUUCAAAGCUUCUUUGAAAAAGAGUUGACUGGUGACUUGAUCCAAUUCAAAAAAGUACCACUAAUGGCUCACCAAUGUCUCGUGUUGCAUAUCAUGAUUUCGCUUUUUUUCAAUGAACCAAAUAUGGUGGAUAUUACUGCAAGACAGAUAAAGUCGAUGAUUGGUUUGAUCAAAUCAACAUUAUUCAAUGAACCAUUGGAGCUGAUUUUGAUGCCCCCACCACCGCCAGUAGUUGUCGCGCCACAGAAUGCAUCUGAAAAUGGCAACAACAACAACAAUAACAAUAACAAUAACAAUAACAAUAAUAACCAGCAUGUUAUACAAAAUAACUUUGAUUACUUUAUUAUGGCCCAACUGAGAAUAAGAACUUUACAAAUAUUUUAUGUGCUCCAAGUGUUUAGGUCAGAGAUUACUGGUGCUCCGGUACAAUUCAACUCUAAUCAAUUGAAUAGCGGCUCAUUCUGUACUAAUGAGAAAUUGUGGUGGUGUACUGAUGCAAACAGUUGGUACAACAAUGUGUGCAAAUCUCAUCCACCCAACUGGUCCAUUGUUGAACUUAGUAACGGACUAAAGAUUGAUGAUUUGAUCAAAACACUCCAUAAUUCAAAUCUCGUUGUUUCCUCACCAAGUUUGCCUCUUGAAGAUAUGUGUCUGCUUUUGAUGCACCUUCACGAGCAAGUUGCCAAUGAACUAAGCUCACCUCAGUUUAGUUUGAUUCGGUGGAACGUUGAGAAGAGAGUACAUUUUCAGCACUUGUUAACCAACUGGGAGAACAUGUUUACCAGGCAUUUUGGUUCACUAACCAUUAAUUUGCAAAAUAGAGCCGAAUUGAAUUUCAAACCUGAUUUGAAAAUCAUUAUACCUAUAUGGCUAAUGUUGAAGAUUAAAACUUCUGUUAACUUAAACCCAGUUCUAGUUGCAAUGUUACGCAAGGAUUUUGCCUUAAUGAAUAAAGAACUUGAUAUAAUGGAUUACAGAGAAUCAAACUACAAUGUCUUGAGCAAGUCCUUAGACUCCUGUUGUCAAGUGCUUGAAUUCUGGGUUCACACAUCGGAAACCAUUAGCUACGACGUGCGGGAAAAUUCAGUGCGUAUCCCAGUGUUUCUUAGUUGUGUGAUAUUUAUCAGUGUUAUGAUCAUGGCAACUUAUCUCGACUACUUGGAGCAACAGUGCCGAAGAAGAGAUGUCUCCAACCAGGAGUUAUUGGAUUGGUUCCAUUGCUUUGAAACUUUGAACAAAGUUGGUAAAGUUUUAAACAUUAGCGUUCAGUCGGCAUAUCUGGAUGUAUUGACAAAAACUUUGAAAGACGCAGUACCCACUUUGGCAAACGAAGACCAAGUCAACCGUGUUUUCAAACUCAGUCAAGAGCGCGAGGUUGUUGAUGACAAUUUGUCGAGAGCAAUUGACGUGAACAACAACAGGGAACAAGUACUUUGUUUGAAUCGAAAUAUAAGAGAUGAGAUUGUUAAUGGUGCCGCCUCAAAGCGUGCUUUUUACUUGGGUAUCAGGAUAUUGGCCGAUGCACCAGUAUGGCCCGCAUCCAUGGGCUUUGCAGAAGCUCUACAAAUUAGAGCCACAUUCAUCUCUCAAAAUAGGCAAAAUUUUUAG